GCCGGUCAAGCAGGUCGAAGUUUAGUGCCGGCCUCAAAGUCCACCUCCGCCUCGAGCCAUAAGCUUGCCACGACCACGUGGAGCUCGUUGCUGGUUGAUGGGGAGGGAGAUGAAGAUUGUCCCAUGGAGCUGAGGGAGCAGGAGAGGAGACUUGCCUACGCUGAAGAGGAGAUGGAAGAGCUGGCCAUGGAAUUGGCGGCGAGUGGAGUGGACGUAGAUAGUUUGGUACCAGAGAGAUUGGCUUUGCUCGAACCGGACGCCGUGUAA